AUGUUCUAUGGACUCAGGCUCGACACUCAGGACCUGGAUAUGGACUCAGACCCUGAUGACUCACUCGGACUCAGGCGCGACACUCUGGACCCGGAUAUGGACUUGGACCCUGAUGACUCACUCGGACUCAGGCGCGACACUCUGGACCUGGAUAUGGACUCGGACCCUGAUGACUCACUCGGACUCAGGCUCGACACUCUGGACCCGGAUAUGGACUCGGACCCUGAUGACUCACUCGGACUCAGGCGCGACACUCUGGACCCCGAUAUGGACUCGGACCCUAAUGACUCACUCGGACUCAGGCUCGACACUCGGGACCCGGAUAUGGACUCGGCCUCGAGAAUUCCUCUGUCUCGGAGGUCUGGAAAUGCCGUUCUCCCCAAGUGGCUGACCACACUGACGGGCUCUGGACAGUCACAGGAGCUGUUUAGCAAACCCACUCUGACAUUCACCCCUGUGAGUCCAGUGUGGGAGGGAGAGGCUGUGACUCUGCAGUGUGGGGCUCAGAUAAAUAAACAGGGCACACAGCUGCAGUACCACUAUAGCAAAGAGGGGACGGAUCUGAGAGGAGCUGGAUCACAGGAUCAGCACUGGAUCCCAGCGGCAGGGCUGAGAGACACAGGGAGAUACCAGUGUGAGGGGGAGGCAGCAGGGACGGGGCUGAAGAAAACUAGUGAUCCUGUGUCACUGACUGUGAGAGAGCUGCCACAGCCUGCCCUGACCCGGGAGCCUUCAGGAGAGAUAUUUGAAGGAGACGCAGUCACCCUGAGCUGUGGGGUUGAGGGGGGCUCUGGUGGCUGGAAAUAUCUCUGGUACAAAGACAGUGAGUCCAGUCCUCCAAUGUACCAGACUGACAGCAGCAGUGGAACUGGAGCCGGAUACACAAUCAGUGCUGCUGCUCUGUCCCACAGUGGAGAGUACUGGUGUGGAGCUGAAAGAAACAGGACAUCAUUGAACUCACAAUACAGCCAUCCCAUCUGGGUAAAUGUAACUGCUCUGUUCUCCAGGGUGACUCUGUCAGCCUCUCCAGGAGUCACAGUGAAGGAGGGAGAGGCUCUUAACCUGACCUGUGAGGCAGCAGUGAACAAAAGCCCCUGCCCUCAACUCCACUACACCAUUGUGAGAGACGGGGAGCCUGUGACUAACAGCACUGACUCUGCACUGUACAGCAUAGCCAGCACUGAGAAGAGCCACACUGGGAACUACACAUGUGAUGUGGAGUCACAGGGAGUGAGGAAGAGCAGCCAGGAGCUACACAUUGAAGUGCAAACGUCCUGGCACAGUGCUGUUGCUGUUGGCUACAGAGUGAGCUUCUUUCUGAUUCAUCUCACUGUGUUCACUCUGCUGCUCCUUCGAUACUGCAGGAUCCGAGAACUCCCUCCAUGA